AUGCCUGCGACACAAAAUCAAGCCUAUCAUGAACACCCUCACCUUCAACGGUCUGACAAAGGCUCUGUCCAGCUCCUCGUCAAAGGAAAGCCCUUCCUCAUGCUCCCGGGCGAGCUUCAUAACUCAUCUCUAAGCUCUGCCAAGUUCAUGAGUCAGGUCUGGCCAAAGAUGAAAGCUGAUCACAUCAACACGUUACUCGGUUCAGUAACAUGGGAAAUGAUCGAGCCUAAAGAGGGACAUUUCGACUUCAAAGAACUUGACAAUGUUCUUGAAGGCGCCAGAGAGCAUGAUAUGCACCUAGUUCUGCUUUGGUUUGGCACAUACAAAAAUGGCCUUUCCACAUAUGUCCCAGCAUGGGUUAAGCAGAAUCCUAAACGCUUCCCUCGUGUUCAAGUUCUCGAGCCUGGUGGUGUCAAGAGGACACUUGAGAUGGUCACUCCACUUUCUGACGCAGCUUGCGACGCUGAUUCGCGCGCAUUUGCCGCACUGAUGCGGCAUCUUGCUGAGGUUGACUCUCAGCAUCAAACGGUACUGAUGGUCCAGGUUCAGAAUGAGACGGGAGUUCUGGGGGAUUCUAGAGAUCGAUCACGACGGGCAGACAAGGCCUUUUCUGAGCCUAUUCCUGGCGACCUCCUUCGGCAUCUCAGCCACGCUCAUACCCACUCCAGACUCAGAAAGCGAAUCUCCAGUGUCCCCUCAUCUGGUUCGCAUUCAUGGGAGUCUGUCUUCGGCCCUGGAUCUACAGCUGAUGAGGCUUUUAUGGCACAUCUCAUCUCUUCCUACGUGGGACGAGUUGCUGCAGCUGGAAAAGGGGAAUACCCCAUCCCCUUAUACACAAACACUUGGCUUAACAUUGAAGGACCGUCAGAGCUCGACUUUGGUGGGGGUGUUCCUGUUGUGGUUGGUGGCGGUCACAAGCCUGGUAUUUACCCAUCCGGCGGUCCGUGUCCCCACGUUUUGGACAUCUGGCGAUUCAAUGCACCAUCUCUCGACUUCCUGGCACCGGAUCUAUACUUCCAUGACUACGAGACAGUGUGUCGGAGCUACACGGAGCAAGGAAACACAUUGUUCAUCCCGGAACAGCGACGCGAUGAGCACGGAUCACGAAAGAUAUGGUUAGCGUAUGCUACGUACGGAGCUCUUGGUGCUAGUCCAUUUGGAAUCGACACUGGUUCUAAUAUCAUCGGCCGUGAGUUCAAGCUCCUCAGCCAGACCAAGAAAUACCUUCUCGAUGCCGCGCCAGAAGACCGGUUCGGUUUCUACUUCGAUGAAGAGCCCAGCGAAAAAAAGGCCGAGCAAUGGAGCCGUGUAUUUGGUGAUAUCGAGGUCAUUGUUGAGCGAUGUUUUGUUUUCGGGGCACCCGGACCCGGUGCUGGAAUGAUCAUUCACCUAGGUGACUCUAGGUUCCUGCUUGUUGGACGCGGCUUCCAUGCGCGGUUCAAAGCAGCCCGCAAAGAUGCAACAUUUGGUGGGAUUCUAUGGGGCGAGGAGAAGGAGGUUGACAAGGAUGGAAACUUGCAGACUCUCAGAGUUUUGAACGGAGAUGAGACAAGACACGGAGAGUUUAUGAUGAUGCCCAACGAUGAUCCCGAUUAUGGCGGCUUCCCGAUUGCAGUGACGCCUGGAGCGAGAACUUGCAUCGCAGAGGUGAAAGCCUAUUGGAUUGCUGAGGAUAAUAAAGAUAGGUAG